AUGGGAGACGUCAUACCAGAAAUUUGGAGGGCUUGCAUCCUUGGCCAAUUGAUUCGGUACGUACUUAACGAGGGACAUCGUGCAUGUGCUGAUUGCAUCAAGGGAGAGCUUCUGCGACAAGGUACAACAGAAACGGCACGCUUAACUGCUGUGAAAUAUCUAACGGCGUGCAGAACAACAAUUCGACUUGCACUAUCAAUUAUUUCAGGGAAAGUUGCCUCAUGCGUUGAUCCAGAGUCCUCGAACUGUACUGGAUAUAAGAACUGGAGUUGGUCAUUGGGCGAUGGAAUUUGGCCGCUGGCAAACGUCCAAUCCAUUGUCGAUAGCUUCCUCAGACCACUCUGGCACCAGGCCUAUAAUCAAGUUGAUCUUAUUCAUAUAGGGGAGCUUCACGGAGAUGUCCAGCUCUUGAGACACAUCUUGAUGGGAGCGUAUGAUGUUCGGUUUGAAGAUCCAAACGGGGAUACAGCUCUCCAUCGGUUAUAUCGUGAUAUGAGAAGCGCGUAUGAAAAGUCGGGUCGCUGCUUGGACCUUCCUUCAAAGUAUGCAUCAGAGGUAAAGCGCCGCGGGUUUGUUCACGUGGCAGAAAGGGCCUACGUCCUUCCAUUGACCACCAGGGGUAAUAUUGAUCUGUUGAACAAUAUCAUUGCAAACUGGGCCGACGGAUUCGAAGCAUACAGCUUAGAGCUUUUAAUAACGGAGCUUGGAAAGCGGUACCUGGAAAUUUUCUCUGGUUAUGCGUCUGCCCGCCAAUCGCUGCGAAAAGGAGUGGAUGGAUAUCUAGAAAUCCGGAUGGUAGCGGAGUCCUUGGCUUCUUGA